CGAUGAUGCCUCUAGUCCUGCAUCAUCCAGAGCGGCAGGCGGAGCUGGGGUCCGGACUGCGAGAUGGAGGAGGGGCGGCUCUGCGGCCACCCGGCAGGCUUAUCUGCCUUGGGCCUCUUUUGUCACAUAUUGUUCAUCUGUGAGCUGAGGCCCUGACUCACUGAGUAUUUUUGGGGAGCAGAAGAAGGAGACAUUUCUCUCCGAAAAUGAACUCAACAGGCCACCUUCAGGAUGCCCCCAAUGCCACCUCGCUCCAUGUGCCUCACUCACAGGAAGGAAACAGCACCUCUCUCCAGGAGGGUCUUCAGGAUCUCAUCCACACAGCCACCUUGGUGACCUGUACUUUUCUACUGGCGGUCAUCUUCUGCCUGGGUUCCUAUGGCAACUUCAUUGUCUUCUUGUCCUUCUUCGAUCCAGCCUUCAGGAAAUUCAGAACCAACUUUGAUUUCAUGAUCCUGAACCUGUCCUUCUGUGACCUCUUCAUUUGUGGAGUGACGGCCCCCAUGUUCACCUUUGUGUUAUUCUUCAGCUCAGCCAGUAGUAUCCCGGAUGCUUUCUGCUUCACUUUCCAUCUCACCAGUUCAGGCUUCAUCAUCAUGUCCCUGAAGACAGUGGCAGUGAUCGCCCUGCACCGGCUCCGGAUGGUGUUGGGGAAGCAGCCUAAUCGCACGGCCUCCUUUCCCUGCACCGUACUCCUCACCCUGCUUCUCUGGGCCACCAGUUUCACCCUUGCCACCUUGGCUACCUUGAAAACCAGCAAGUCCCACCUCUGUCUUCCCAUGUCCAGUCUGAUUGCUGGAAAAGGGAAAGCCAUUUUGUCUCUCUAUGUGGUCGACUUCACCUUCUGUGUUGCUGUGGUCUCUGUCUCUUACAUCAUGAUUGCUCAGACCCUGCGGAAGAACGCUCAAGUCAGAAAGUGCCCCCCUGUAAUCACAGUCGAUGCUUCCAGACCACAGCCUUUCAUGGGGGUCCCUGUGCAGGGAGGUGGAGAUCCCAUCCAGUGUGCCAUGCCGGCUCUGUAUAGGAACCAGAAUUACAACAAACUGCAGCAUGUUCAGACCCGUGGAUAUACCAAGAGUCCCAACCAACUGGUCACCCCUGCAGCAAGCCGACUCCAGCUGGUAUCAGCCAUCAACCUCUCCACUGCCAAGGAUUCCAAAGCCGUGGUCACCUGUGUGAUCAUUGUGCUGUCAGUCCUGGUGUGCUGUCUUCCACUGGGGAUUUCCUUGGUACAGGUGGUUCUCUCCAGCAAUGGGAGCUUCAUUCUUUACCAGUUUGAAUUGUUUGGAUUUACUCUUAUAUUUUUCAAGUCAGGAUUAAACCCUUUUAUAUAUUCUCGGAACAGUGCAGGGCUGAGAAGGAAAGUGCUCUGGUGCCUCCAAUACAUAGGCCUGGGUUUUUUCUGCUGCAAACAAAAGACUCGACUUCGAGCCAUGGGAAAAGGGAACCUCGAAGUCAACAGAAACAAAUCCUCCCAUCAUGAAACAAACUCUGCCUACAUGUUAUCUCCAAAGCCACAGAAGAAAUUUGUGGACCAGGCUUGUGGCCCAAGUCAUUCAAAAGAAAGUGUGGUGAGUCCCAAGAUCUCUGCUGGACAUCAACACUGUGGUCAGAGCAGCUCAACCCCCAUCAACACUCGGAUUGAACCUUACUACAGCAUCUAUAACAGCAGCCCUUCCCAGGAGGAGAGCAGCCCAUGUAACUUACAGCCAGUAAACUCUUUUGGAUUUGCCAAUUCAUAUAUUGCCAUGCAUUAUCACACCACUAAUGACUUAAUGCAGGAAUAUGACAGCACUUCAGCCAAGCAGAUUCCAGUCCCCUCCGUUUAAAGUCAUGGAGGCUAUAGGAUCUUAUGUAAACAGUUUUUGUUUCUGAUACUAAUGGACUUUAUUCUAACUUGAGAUCAAUGAUGGAUCAAAACCUACAAGAUUCAACUGAAAAGUUGGCAGUUAUGGUUUUCUUUCAUCUGAUGUGUCAGUAUCUGUUGAUUUGCUUUGUAGUUUGUUGACAUCUUAAGAUUUGAUGUGAAAGUUUUAGAUUUUUUUACCCUGCUCUUUGCCCCAGUCUUUUUUACCGAGCCUUUAAAUAGAAGCCAGGAAUGAAGCUACUGUGUUAAAGUAGAAAGUCAACCGAUUAUCAUGAUUUGAGUCAGUGUUAUGUGACUUCAAAAUAAGAUAUUGACUGGAUUUUUUUAAAGAAUGUGAAGAUAUGAUUUUUGCUGAGGUGUUAUUUUUAUUAAUUGAAUUGUAAAUUUUGAUUUUUUGAAGUGUUGAAAUCGGGAACACUACACCUUGUUGGUAGCAGGUUGAUUUGAAUAAAUAAUAUAUUGUUAGCUGGGUGCAGUGGCGUGCACCUGUAGUCCUAGCUACUUGGGAGGCUGAGGCAGGAGGAUCACUUGAGCCCGGGAGUAUGAGUCCAGCCUGGGCAACACAGCAAGACCCUGUCUUUAAAGGAAAUGUAUAUAUUCUUUUUUUUUUUUUUUUUUUUUUUGAGACGGAGUUUCACUCUUGUUGCCCAGGCUGGAGUGCAAUGGCAUGACCUCGGCUCACCGCAACCUCCACCUCCCGGGUUCAAGUGAUUCUCCUGUCUCAGCCUCCCAAGUAGCUGGGAUUACAGGCACAUGCCACCAUGCCCGGCUAAUUUUUGUAUUUUUAGUAGAGACGGGGUUUCUCUGUGUUGGUCAGGCUGGUCUUCAACUCCUGACGUUAGGUGAUCCGCCUGCCUCGGCCUCCCAAAGUGCUGGGAUUACAGGCAUGAGCCACCGCGCUUAGCCAGAAAUAUAUAUAUUCUUAAGGCAGAAAAGGUGAUAACUCUGUCUUUACCAAAAACACUCACACAGGUGUUAGGUACUUUUCUUUCAUAGGGCAGUCAACUAAGAAUAUAGUAUUAUGAUUAUUGCCAUUUCUUAUUAUAGACAUGUUUUAUGUCAAUUGAGUAAGUUUACAAUUCUUUUGAAAAGAAAUAUAUUUGGGCCGGGCAUGGUGGCUCACGCCUGUAAUCCCAACACUUUGGGAGGCUGAGGUGGGUGGAUCACCUGAGGUCAGGAGUUCGAGACCAGCCUGGACAACAUGAUGAAACCCCGUCUCUACUAAAAACACAAAAAUUAGCAAGGCAUGGUGGCAAGCGCCUGUAAUCCCAGCUACUCGGGAGGUUGAGGCAAGAGAAUCACUUGAACCUGGGAGACAGGUUGCAGUGAGCUGAGAUCGUGCCAUUGCACUCCAGCCUGGGUGACAAGAGCGAGAUGUCAUCUCAAAAAAAUGAAAAAAAGAGAAAGAAAGAAAGAAAAGAAAUAUAUUUUUGCUUGUUAAAAGUGGAUUCUUUAUUUAUUUAUUUUUUUCUUGAGACGGAGUCUUGCUCUGUUGCCCAGGCUGGAGUGCAGUGGCAUGAUCUCUGCUCACUGCAACCUGCACCUCCCGGGCUCAAGUGAUUCUCCUGCCUCAGCCUCCUGAGUAGCUGGGAUUACAGGCGUGUGCCACCAUGCCCAGCUCAUUUUUGUAUUUUUAGUAGAGACAGGUAUUGAACUUGUCUUGAACUCCUGACCUCAGGUGAUCUGCCUGCCUCGGCCUCCCGAAGUGCUGGGAUUACAGGCAUGAGCCACCCCCACUGGCCCAAAAGUGAACUGUUUCUGAAUGAUCUUAUUCAAGAAGCCUAGUGAAGAGGACUGCAUCUAUGGUAGAGGUGCACUGUUCCCAGGAGAGAAGGCACGGCUGUAAUCAUCUUUGUGUUCUGUGGAAAACAGUGUGGACUCCUGUCAUGCAUUGGGCAAUAUUUAUUAUUGCUUAACAAGGUUUACAGAUAAGACUGGGAAUGUUUUGAUUUAUGUUUUCCUUCUGUGUGAGAAGAGUUUACUAACCACCUGACAGUAUUCAAGUAACUAUUUAGAAAUGACUUCUUUUUUGUCUUUAUUUAUUAUUAUGGUAGAAAAAUUCUCAAGAUACUCUAUUUCCAAACUAAUCGUUUUAUUUCUCUCCCAUUAAUCUUAAAGUGGAAAUGGGUAGAAAGAAAAAAUAGAUUUAAGUAUUUCUAUACCUGGAACUAAUUUUACUAUAUGCUCUGCGAUUCCUAGCAUAACAACUGUGAACUCAUAUAUUUAUGUAAAAAUAUUUUCAUUAUACAGUUAGUAUUUGAACUCACUAGAUUUUUAAAUGUUAGACACACAAGAUGAGCAUCAAUAUACAACACCUAUCUUUAUAAAUUGUUAUAUUCAAGAGUUAUUAUUGCAGAUGGGAAGGUACUUUGUUCCUUUGCGUAAAAGUCUUUUUUUUUUUGUAGAAACAGAGUCUUACUCUGUCACCCAGGCUAAAGUGCAGUGGCAUGAUCUCAGCUCACUGCAACCUCCACUUCCCGGGUUCAAGCGAUUGUCUUGCCUCAGCCUCCAGAGUAGCUGGGAUUACAGGUGCCCGCCACCACUCCUGGCUAAUUUUUGUAUUUUUGGUAGAGACAGGGUUUCACCCUGAUAGCCAGGCUGGUCUUGAAUUCUUGGCCUCAAGUAAUCCACCCGCCUCGGCCUCCCAAAGUGCUAGGAUUACAGGCAUGAGAAACCAUAUCCAGCUGAAAGGCAUUUAAAAAUUUGUAGUUUCCUCCCUCAGCUGUCCCCAAAUACAGGGGUCAUGAGACGUAUGGAGAAGACAGAAUAGAUAUUCAAUUAGAACUCUGCUCAACCUUAUCUUAUAACUGUUACCUUUCAGUAUUGAUCAGUUAUUUCUAUUUUUGAGAUUUAAAUAGGCAUAGAUUUUCUUUUGUUUUCUUUUUCUUCUAAAUUUUCUUCUUGCGACACCCAGGGGCAGCCUCGAAUUAUUUUGCUUUUAAGUUCACCUUUUAGACUGAUUUGCCUAGCUACUCCCUCCUUCUUUCCCUUUCUCCCUCCCUCCUUCCCUUUUUCCCUUUUCUUUUUUUUAAAAUGGAGUCUCAUGCUUGUUGCCCAGGAUGGAGUGCAGUGGCACAAUCUCGGCUCACUGCAACCUCCGCCUCCCAGGUUCAAGCGAUUCUCCUGUGUCAGCCUCCCGAGUAGCUGGGACUACAGGCACGCACCACCACGCCCAGCUAAUUUUUGUAUUUUUAAUAGAGACAAGGUUUCACCAAGUUAGCCAGGCUGGUCUCAAACUUCUGACCUUGUGAUCCACCCACCUCGGCCUACCUAAGUACUGGGAUUACAGGCGUGAGCCAGUGCACUGGCCUAUUAUCUCUUUUUAACAAAGAAUUAAGAAAUCUAAUAUUCUUUCCCAAGAUCGUACAAAGAAUUGUGGCAAAUUAGGAAUUAGAUUUUUGUCUUAAUUCAAAACCUGGUAUUUACCCCAGUAUGCCAAACAGCUUUAUAAUGAAGACAACAUUAAUCAAGCAUCACAUUUUUAAAGGCAUAUAUCUAUUUUCUUGGCUACGCAAAAAACCUUGUCUCUAUUAGAAAUACAAAAAUUGGCUAGGCAUUUCAAAUGUGAUAUAAAAUAUUAACACAAAAGUAAUUUCUAUUUAUAAAAUUUAAAAUGGCAGGUUUUCUGUGUGACGUUUGAGUUUGAGAUGAUUUGACUGGCAUGAGGCCCAUCACUAGGAGGUAAAAAUUACAGCACAAAGAAAACUAAGCAGGUGCAUAUGAGGUAUUGUCUCUUUAUGCUCAUCAAAAAAUUAUCUCCAAAAGAAAAGUUAAAAAAAGAAAUUAUUGUUAUAAAUUGCAUGAAAUACAUAGUGGGCUCGAUUCGUAGCCCCCGUCCAUAUCUAUAUCUCUAUAUCUAUAGAGACAUAACUUCUUUCUUCGUAAGUUAUAUAUGUCUACUUCUACCUGUGUUAUAAUAAAGGCGUCAUGAUGAUACAGGUGGAGGUAGAAAUAUAUAACUUAUCUCUUCAUAAGGGCUAAAAUGAGAACUAAAAGUAAUGAGAAUUCAGUUGAAUAUGAUUAAUUAUCAGGAUAUGUUAAUUAGUUCUCUUGAUGCUUACUGUGAUGCAAAGUAUGUGAUGUAUUUUAAACAUUUUAUAAAAAUUGUUCGUAUGUUAACCGUUAGGCAAGAUUUGUAUUUCUAAUGCUUUUAAUGUUCUUUUAAAAUAAUGUUUGGAAAAUAAAAAUACUGAAAAUCCUAA